UAGCUCCUCCUCAGUGGCAUCGAUCACCCUUCAUACUGUACGCGGCAACAACACACCGAGAGAGAGACGCUACUGGGGAAGGGAAGCGGAUCAGUCGACGCCGUGGAUAUGAUCUAAAAUAAUAUCCGAAGAGGCAAACAGUACACCUUUCUCCCAAAUAGCACUUUGAUUCGAAAGGUGGAAAAUUCCUGACAAGAUUACUAUUAUUUAAAUUCACCCUACCGAAACCCCCCUCCCUCUACUCCACCCUAGCUACCGAGAUGCACACCGAGACUCGAAGCAAGAAAAGACAUCAGCCUCAAGCCCGUCUGUCAGUCUGGACUCAUCACAUCAUCUUGCAAGUCUCCCAAGUGCUGGAUCCUUACAGUGCCUGUCGAGUCCUAAGGCCAGCGGUGGUGCCAGCUCCCAACCACAACCCAAGAAGGAGUCCCAACCCCAGCAGCCCAAGUUGACCAAGAAGGAACCCAAGACGGAGCCUCAGACCCAGGGGGAAGAAGAAAACAUGCCCUCAGUACACAUCAAAUCAGAACCACAGGAGGUGGAGUCCACGCAGGCUGAAGUAGGUGAGGAGUGUCCCCAGCCUACAGACCUGAAGAUCAAGACAGAGAAGACCCAGCCUGUGUCUCCCCCUCCCCUCUGCACCGCCACAGACACAACCACAGAAGACUUCUCCCUCCCCCCGGAGGACCAGACGGAACCUGUCGACCUGUCACUCGGCAAGCCACGCUCCUCCCUGCCCGUCUCUACGCCUACAGCCAACCCCGUCCCGAGUUCCGUGGCGAUGCCCACGCUGUCGGCAACCCCCAUCCCUACGGUAACCUUUCUAGACACCAUGAUGCUCUCCCCCGGGUCCAUCCUAGCAUCCACCCAGGGGGCAGGCGGUCAGCAGAUCCUGCAUGUCAUCCACACCAUCCCGUCGGUCAACAUGCCCAGUAAGAUGGGCCAGCUGCAGACCAUCCCCGUGGUGGUCCAGUCUCUGCCCGUAGUCUACACAACCAUUCCCACGGACGGGGUGGCCACCGCUGCCAUCACAGUCCCGCUCAUCGGGAGCGAUGGGCGCUCAGAGGGAUCCGUGCGUAUCAAGCCUGGCUCGGCGUCUCCAGUGGAGUACCAGAGUGACAGUGAUGUGGAGAGUGGGACAGAGUCAGGUUCAGCAUCCUUCAGUACACCUGGACUUGACACAGGGUCAGGCGUAGACAUGGACAUGCAGGUGGAUCCUGAUUCGCCGGAUAUGAAGAGGAGGCGUGUCCAUAUGUGUGACUAUGAUGGCUGUAACAAGGUGUACACCAAGAGCUCACACCUCAAAGCCCACCGCAGGAUACACACCGGAGAGAAGCCGUACCACUGUACAUGGGAGGGCUGUACCUGGAGGUUCGCCCGGUCAGACGAGCUGACGCGACACUUCCGUAAACACACAGGCAUCAAGCCCUUCCGCUGCACCGACUGUGACCGCUCCUUCUCCCGGUCUGACCACCUAGCCCUGCACCGGAGACGCCACGUCAUGAUGUGAACCAUGACCUCUGACUCCCUGACCUUUGACCUUUAAACCUUAACCCCCACUACCUUCGCCCUCCAACCCAUCACCUCCCUCCCCAGCCCCCCUCGGGACCCAGAUGGAACUCAAAUGGGAGGGCCUGAACUCUGACCCCUAGAGGUUCUCUGCUGUGUCACUUCCUUUUACUGUUCCCCCUCCUCUCCUCUCUGUAAAAAAAUAACCAAGGUUAAGACAACAUACAUUUUCCGAGCAGGAGCAUUCGAAAAUAAACUCAUUCAUUGGACCAGCGCUGAUUCUACAGGAUUCGCAUUGAAAACGUCACCAGUGGUCAGGAAAUCAAGUAAUAAAGUGGCGGUAGAUCAUUUGAAAAACAUUUAAAUUAAUAGAAUGACAGUAAAACAGUUAUGUUAUGUGUUUGCAGAGCAGUUAGCUGAAAUCCACUAUGAUUGUGUUUAUUUUCCACUUUGAUGGCGAGUUUUCUGUACUGCUAAAAUUCACUUUCAGUCAUUUCUGAUCGCAUUGCUGGUCCAUUGUUUAGACCUAGUCUUCUCUACGCUACGGCUCGUCCUCCAUUUUGAACUGUGGGUCAUCGUGGAGAUCAUUACAUUAAAGAGGUGGAGAAUGAAGAUCCCAAAAGGAUGAGAGGAGUUUGUUGUUGUUUUCUGGUUGCUUAGCACCUGAAGGGGUAGUCCACAACUCUCAUACCCCACAGCUUAUCUCCUCGUUUCUCCCUCACACCCCACUCAGUGUGCACACAGCCAGAGGCUAUCUACUUCAACAGCACCCUAUCCAUCCAGAAGAUAGACUAGUGAAGACAAACCUGGGAUACAGCAGAGAGAGAUGGACAGGCUGGACUGAGAGAGAGACCGAGGACAUACUUUGAAAUGAUGCAGGGUUACCGACAUCACACACUCAGUUCAGAGCAAGAAGAGGAGGAGGACAGAGGAGGUGAAGGGGGCAGGGAAGGAAAUGUGGCUUUUGUGUCAUUUUUGUUUAUUUGAGAGGGGAAAACACUUCAGAGAUGACUUCUCAGCUGUCGAGCAACUGUUUACUGUGUUUUAUCAUCUUCUGUUAACCUGCGUUGUGUGCAUGGGCUAGCUGUCUGUAUGUGUGUGCAAUUGUGUGUGAGCGUUAGUGUAGUGUGUGCUAUUUAAAGACAGUUGAUGAUGCAUCAUGUCCUCUCCUCCAUACAUAUAAUUUCCUCAGCAGAGUCAGCAGACCCCUCGGGUGUGGCGGUGUAGAAAUGUCUUAUUCAACCCCCUUCCACUCCAUUUCUCCGCUCCCCCAUCUCCUAAAACAGGGAGCUACAAGACUGUGAGGAUUCUGUUUUAUUAAUAGUUUCAAUCAGAUAUUAAAUCAUGUUCACUUGCCCCACAUUUAUAGCUUGUUGUUCAGUAACAGUAUUUGUGUUGUUUAAAAAAAAAAGCCUUCUGUAGUUUUUUUCAUUUUCUUCUCUUUCUCUUUCUAAUGAUUGGCUCAUAACAUAAUAACAUCCCCUUUUUGACUAUUUCAUAUCCUUAGAUUGUGUUUUGAGGCUGUAAAAGUAUAACAAGAAAAAGGUUGAGGUUACAAACUAGGGGAUCUAGGGAGCUUGUGUGUGUGUGUGUGUGUGUGUGUGUAACAAAUAAUCAGAACUGAUGAUUUUAGAAGUGUGGGUUUCGGUGCAGCCUGUCGGAGCCUUAGUGAAUCAAAGUCAGUCUUAGAAACGCACGAUUGUUUUGGUCUUCAGGGUUACCCGGGAAACGGGGUCUCAUUGCCCUGACGACACGUCACGAGGCACUCUGUUGUUACGAGCAUUUCUGCCCAUUUCGACCCAGAUCAGGGCCUGUAUUCACAAAGGGUCUCAGAGUAGGAGUUCUGAUCCAUAUUAUCUUAUUCAUUAUGAUCUAAAAGGCUAAACUGAUCCUAGAUCAGUACUCCGACUCUGAGCCUAACUGAUCUCCAUGUCUUAAGGUGGUUGUUUUUAGCUCCUGCUCUCUGGGUUCACUUGAUUAUGCAACCUCCACAGACCUCGCUCCUAGCGCUGUACUGGGGUCAGUGGUUAAAUAUGUGUUGCUACUGGAACAUAUACAGCACUCGCUACUAAGCGCUGUUCUGAAGUCAGUGGCUAAGUACAGCUCCUAUGGUACAUGCAUACAGAGGGCAUACUGAAGAACAUGUAAACAAAGUGUUUGGCUCUCUCACUAGCAGUCGCAGCAGCCAUCAUCAUUUCAAACGCUAGCUAAAUAAAACAUGAUUGAAUCCUUUUUGUCUUCUGACUGGGAACCCAGCCUUGGUGUGAGUUGAGUUGAGCGCAUGCGUGAAGCAGAGAGGGAUCUUAUUGGUCCACACAGAGCAAUGCAAUGUUCCUAUGAGUUUCUAUCAUUCUCUGCUUCAACUCCUAACAAUGUUACUAAGCACAUUUUUCUAGAAGAGGACAUGCAUUUGAUUGCAACUUGUUAUUAGAUGGUAUUAGACAUUAAGGACUAUGAGAAAUAAUUAAAGAACAAUAAGUGUACAUACUGUAUAUAAUCAAAAAGUCCAUAAUAAAUGUAACAGGUGGAGUUCUAUUUUUAACACUGACUAGACAAUGUGAAAAAUAUAAUUUUUUCUUUUAUUUUCUACUCUGUUGGAUGGAUUUACAACUGAAAUGUGUUAUAAAAAAAAAAGGUAUUCUUUUUUUAUGUCCUAAACAUCGGUCCCAUUUGUGUUGUGCACAUUUUGUUUUUGUGAAGUUGGUGAGCAUGUCGGUGUGAUCCUGGUGCCCUAACCUAACAGUCCUAAUGACCUGCAACAGAAGGACCGUCUCAACCUGAACAACUGUCCAAAAUGGCACCCUACUCCCUAAUGCACUUCUUUUGACCAGGGCCCCUGGGGCUUUGGUUAAAAGUAGUGCACUAUAUAGGGAAUAUGGGGCCAUUUUAGGACAUACCCAGAGUUGAAAAUCUGAUAUGAUCAAAUAUCUGUUAUCACUGGUCAAACCCACCUCACCGCAUUGAUGCAUACAAUACAAGUUCCCCUUUAAUGUCCACUGUGAAGUAUUACUCCAUAUACCACAAAGAAAACAAUACUAUAAUACAUCAAUACAAUACAGUACGUCAAUAUAGAAAUGUUCUGUCCAACAAAAGAUAGAUCCAUCUAUGGUUUAGACAUGGCAGCAUACGACUUAAGACUUGACUCUAUACUGUACUGUAUUUGUACAAGCCCAUUUAUCCACUUCACUAGUCACCCCUCACUUCAACAAUAUGGCACCACAUAAUGUAAGGGUGGAUUGAUUGUGUGUGUAUAAGUGUGUGAGUGUGCCUCUUCUUAUCAUUAAUCACAACUCCUUUUCUUAAAGUAACUGUCUAGUGUUGACAGAUUUUUAUGACCUAUAAUUAAUAACAAUGAGUGAAAUUGUUUUACUUCCAGUUUGUUUUAAUUAAUUAUGUUAAAACGCAGGUUUUCUGCGUUGGAAUGGUGUAGGUGUACCCCAACAACAGAAUGGUAUGGGCGUAUACCGGUCAUUAAAAAUGUUCAUGCCAGUAGACCGCUGAUUGGCCAGCUCAUCCUCCUUCAGGAGGAUGACAUCAUCCUCUAUGAGGAAAUGGCAAGCAUUUUUUUAAACGGUCUGUUUGAGAUACACAUUUGAGCUGGGGUUUUUGAAGAAAAAAAUCUAAAUUAUGCUUUGGCCACAAAUACAAGUAUUGGAUGAGUCAACAACAUUAUUUAGGUAUGAGUUAACAGAAUAGAUUUUCACUGGACAGUUACUUUAACAACCAGAAUUGUAAGUAUUUUAUAUUGAAUGCAUUAACCUUUGGGCCAGUACUAUAUUAUUCAGUGCAAUGCAGUUAUUGUUAUUGUCAUUAAUAUUAUUUGUUUUGUAUUUGUACAGAACAAAUCUGUAAAGAUCAGUGAGGAAGAACGUGAGCUUUUUGAUACUGUGAGAAAUGGUGUUUCAUUAAGUCUGUUUCCCCCUGUACAGUUGAGAUUUACCCCACUCCUUUUAUAGAAUAAAAGGUUUUUGGUGCA